AUGGAGAGCGUGCCAGUGCUGGCUUCUGUGCCGCUGCUGCCGUCGGCGCGACGUGUGGUGCGGAACAUGCACAAGGCUAAGCAUGGGCGGCCGAUGGCUGGCAAGGCGCUGGCGGAUGCCAACAAGGUCACCGCUGCGCGGAACGUCAACAUCAUUUUCUCCACCCACGAGGGUGCAAAGGCCGAGUACGCCGACAUGGCCCACACCGACAAGGUCACCCGGAUCAAGGCGCGGUAUGCGGCGCUGUCGCCAGGAGAGCGGGCGCAGUUUAUGGCCCACGCCGCCGCAGUUCUGGAGGCCUUUAUUGACAAGUUCCCGUACUACGCGCCUGGCGCGCUGGAGAAGGCCGCCAUCGACGGGCCGGGCGUGGAUGGCGACCUCUUCCCGCCGGUUCUUGCCGCUGCCAUCACGCGCGGCACCGGCCGGACCCGCAAGACCCGCGCCGCCAUUCGGCGGCCAAAGCGGGCCAAGCCGGCAGCGGAGCUCUUUGCUCGCCACCUCUACCCCGAGCUCGCCUCGCUCAACGUGACCACGCCCGAGUACCGAUCCAAGCUCGCCGAGGGCAAGGAGCGCUUCGAGUCGCUUCCAGCCAUGGACCGCGAGCCAUUUGAGGCUGAGCACGCCCGCCUCGCUGCAAUUGAGCUCGUCCAGCUCGAGGCCUUCUUCCGCCUGCACCCCGGCCAGCGGACGACCGCCGACCCGUUCAAACCCAAGCGUCCGCCGCGGCCGGACCACCUUGCCACCGUCGACUACGCAAAGGAGCACGCCAUGUCCUACAAGGAGGCCCGCAAGGUGGCCUGGACAAACACCUCGGACGAGGACAAGGCCAAGUACAUUGCCCGCGCCAAGGAGGAAGAGAAGGCCUACGCCGCAAAGCUCGCCACCUACAAGGUCCGCUUCCCGCACAAUGCCUACAUCCACGCCGAUGCCAUCCCGGCCGGCAUUGCCCUCCCGCGCUCCGCCCGCUCCAUCUACUUUGACAACAACCGCGAGCGCGCUGCGCGCGCCGUUCUCGCCGACACCGAGCCGGGCGCGCCGCUCGACCUCGUCGCCGUCUUUGACCGCCUCAACGCUGAUUGGGAGAGCCUCCACUCGAGCGAGCGCGCCGACCAUGAGACGCGCGCCGCAGCCGAGCGCGCCGACUACGACGCUCUCGUCAAGAAGGAGCUCUCCAAAAAGGAUGCCGCCCGCGCCCAGAAACGCGCCAAGGCCAAGGCUGCCAAGGCCGCCCAGCAGUCGGCCUCGUCCAAGGCGAGCGCCGAGAUUGCACCGCGGUCCGCUCACUCGCGCGCCGCCAAGACUGCCGCCGCCGAGGCUGUCGCUGCCGAUGCCAAGGCCUCUGCCGAAGCUGCCGAUGCCACUGACGACGACGAUGACAACGACGACGACGACGACGACGACUCGGAAUCGUCGGCGUAA